CGAGCUGGCGCCUGGCGGGCGGCUGCGUCCCCGCGGCCUCUCCUUGGCCCGCCCGGGCGGUCGGAGGCGGGGCUGCCGGAUCCCUGCCGGGCGGCCGAGAGCCAGGCCCGGGGAGGGGCCGAGCGCGGUUGUCGCCGGUUCCAGGACACGUGGUUAAUAUCUGGGGACCGAUGCAGCCCGGGUCCACCGCACAGACUCCUUACUACACGUGGGAUAUUACAGCCACCCGGUGUCCGCAGCCAUGGCCAUGAACCUUCUGGAAGACUGGUGCCGGGGGAUGGAGGUGGACGUCCACAGGUCCCUGUUGGUCACCGGCAUCCCGGAGGACUGUGGCCAGGCGGAGAUCGAGGAGACCCUGAAUCGGGUCCUCUCCCCGCUGGGCCCAUACCUCGUGCUCAACAAGAUCUUUUUGAGGGAGGAGAAUGCCAAAGCUGUGCUCAUUGAGGUCAGCGAGGGUGUGAAUCUGAGGGCCAUCCCCCGGGAAUUCCCAGGAAGGGGGGGCGUCUGGAGGGUGGUCUGCAGAGAUCCCACCCAGGAUGCUGAGUUUUUAAAAAAUCUGAAUGAAUUCCUGGAUGCCGAGGGGCGCACCCGGGAGGAUGUGGUGCGCCUGCUCCAACUCAGCCACUCGCCAGCCCCCCAGAACCGGAAUCAGCCCCCGGAGAGCUGGGCGCAAGCUUUGGGGGUGCUCCUGGGGGCUGUAGUGCAAGUCGUCUUCUACAUGGAUGCUGAGAUCCGCAGCCGGGAGGAAGCUAGGGCUCAGGAGGCCGCUGAGGCCAAGGUGGUAGCAGCCUUGGCUUCAGCAGCAAGGAGGAAAGUGAAGAAGGAAGCAAGGCGGGCUGCUGAGGUGGGCUCUGCCUUGAAGAUGGAGAACGGGGACAGCUGGAAAGACGUGGAAGAUGAGGGUGACCCUCCCAAACCUUUGGUUUGCAAGGCUGGAGCUAAGACUCGCUCCAGGAGAAAGCAGCAAAAAAACUCCCCCAAGCAGGAACCAGGGCCCUGCAAGAAAGCCAAAGGCAAUCGCUGCAACAGCUCGGCCUCCUCGGGGGAUCCUAAGGCUGAUGGCGCUGCAAAUAUGGAGAUCUCAGAAGAUAUCAGGAGCAGCAGAAAGCCCUGUGUGAAGCAGGAGGAGUCGGCUUUGAGGAAGCCAGUGGUGAAGUGUGCCUCGAAGGCUCCCAGCAACCCACCUCGGGAUGCCCGGUCAGAAGCUGCGAGCCCUGGAGUUGCCUCUGAGUCAGAGCAACAUGGUGGUCCGGAGGGCCCACCAAAGAAGAAGGCGGUGGGCUGGGCCUCGGCGAAGAGCCCUGCCCCCGUGAAGAAGAAAAAGAAGGUGAGCUUGGGCCGUGCGUCUUAUGUCCUUGUCGAUUCAGAAGACACCGAGAAGAAGCCAGGGAUUACAAAGAAAGGGCCGGGCUUGAGAAGGGAUGCGCCAGCUCAGAAGGCCCCGCGAGACCCACAGCCUGCCAGGUCGCCAGCCUCAACGUCACAGGGUCUGAAGGCCAAGCCAGAAGGCUCUCCUCAUGCCUCCAGUGGUGAGAAUGACAACAGAAGUCGUUUGGGUUGUGUCAACAGGUGCAUGAGGGGGAACGAGCAGAAGUGGCAGGUGGAGCCCAAGGAAGUGGAGGGUCAGGUGGUCAAUGAGGAAGACCCCAGUGCAGUGGAGGAAGCAGAUGGCACAUCAGUUGAGGUUGUAGAGAGCGAGAGCCCUGACCUCGCUCCUAGGAGCCCCUGAAGGCCGACAUUGGGGACACCUGUGGGGGCAAUUGGCAAAGCAAAUGCACCAACCUAUGUUAUGUUGAUGAAUGGUUGGGGGGUUGAAUGGUUUGGGGUUAUAUUGUUUGUCAGAGUAGGUGGCUUUGAGGGUGUGGAGUUUUCUGGAGGCCUGGUCAGGGGAUAGAAAUGUUCAAGGACUUAUAAAGUCCAAGGAAGUAAAAAAAAUUUCCAAGUGACACCUUUCCUUGCUUCCCCUCUUGAGCUGUUCUAAUUUAUCCACAGCACCCAGAAAGCUUUGACUGGGGGGACCACCUAUACCUGAGGAGUUGGAAGAAGAACAAGGAAGAAAUUCCAAGUUGGGAACAAAGUCCUCUCUUGUCAUUGAGUGAACCAAGGCUCUUGACUCUUUGAGGGACCCAGUUUGGAGAGAUCUGGCUCUCAGAGGUAAAUGAUACACCAGAUCUUAGGUGGAGGAAUUAAGGGAAAAGGGCGUAUCUCUGUGCUUUUUUCUCUGCCGGGCUGGCUUUUUCUGCUGCCUCCCAGACCCACCUGCAGAUGUUUGAAAGUCACUAAGCAGGUUGGGAAAGUUCUAGAAUGUUCAUCAUUAUCCAUGGGCAGGGUUGCUCUUAGGCUCAUCCGUGUUCGGCCUUUCUCCCCCAUUCCCUGCUUCCUCUUCUGGAUGGUCAGCUGACCUCUGCAGGGCCUGGCAUCUUAAAGAGCCGGGGGGGCGGAUUUCUCCCUUCCGCCUUCUCUGCGUUUUGACCACAGAGAAGUUAAGCCAAGAGCAUCAACGUGGACCUGGCUUCCUUGCUCCUUCUGGUCUUCAGUUUCCCUCCUCCAGUUAUCUCACCAGAGGGUAGGAAGGUCCAAGAGUUAGUUUUGGGGAAAAAGCAUGUACGCUUAGGCCUUGACAUACUUGAGUUUUAGGUUGUGUUGAUAAAAAUGGUCCUUGCAUUCCCAUUUGGGGUAAAACCCUCGCAGGACGCCUGCGGGGAAGAGGGGUGAUCGGUAGGGCAGGACUCGGGCAUUCCUGGCUUCCCAGCUCUAUUUCCAUCCUGUGGCACCAUGCUCUCAACAUCUUGGAGGCUGAAGACACUUCUCACAUAAUAAGAGAGGGAAAAAAUUCUAAAACAAUUAGCUGGUAAUUUCUGUCCUCUGAAUAGACCAGAAAAUCACAUCUCCUGUGUGUGUGUGUGUGUGUGUGUGUGUGCAGGGGGAGGGGUAGGAUACCCCAAAAUCAGUGGUUUCCAGACUAUCCUAGGGAGGCCCAAGCUGUGCUCAGAUGUGUAAUCAGAAUCUAUUUUUUCACGUAUAUAAAAAAAAAAACUGAAAAAUGACUAUUCAGAUAUAUAAGCCAAACCAGUUGCAUAGGAGACUCUCAAAAUAUUACCUUGUGUUCAUAAGUUAACUUGUUUUUGUACAGGUCUCGAAUUAAUUGUUUCUGCCAUCUGUUUUCACAUAAUGAAUUUCUUGUAAAUGUGACUGAUGAGAAAGGUUAGAAGUGGGAGAAUUUCAGUCCCUGCAUACCCUGUAACUAACAGUCCGAAAGCAGUUCCCUUUGUAAUUCACAUGCUCUUGUUAUAUUGUGAUUUUCAGUUGUGUGAUAGCAAAUAAAUGUAUUAACAUGGCGCCCAGUAAUAAGAUUCUAUCCUAGAGAGUUGUGGCCCUUUAUGUUCUAGAAUCUCUCUUCUGACUUCAGUUUUUGUGGUAAAGAAUGUGAACAGUUGUUAGAUGUUGUUAGUGAUUCAACUUUGAAAACACAUUUCUUGUGACAAUUCGUUUCAAGAGCCUGGGUGUGUCCAACUGAAGAUGCAGAAAAAAAGAAAAUGGUCUCUAUGUGCAGCUGUUCAUCUGUGCAUCAUGGUUUUCCUUGGGUUUGUGCAAAACAAAACAGGAAUGAAUUGGACUCUCAAGAUGACGAAAGUCUGCAACUCUCAGCACCUAAUUGCAAAAUCAGGUCCAUAAGGGCUUCAUUGUGUUAACAAAUUGACACCACGAUUCGUAAAUGUAAAUGUGUAUGUUAUAAAAUAAAGUUCAGCAGAU